AGUGCUAACAGAUGAACUAAUUUUAACUUCGCAAACUUACUAGGUAUUCAAAAUCUAUUCUUAUGAGUAAACUAUACUGCUAUGACAAGGUACCAUCUUCCAGCUAAAGUGGGUUCAAGAACAAACAAACCUGUGGAUAUACUCAGAGUGAAUGAAUCUUAACGGUGUUGAAGUAUGGACAUGGAAUGUCUGGAAGUGCUACCUCUGCACCAAAAUGAUAUUUACAGAGAAGAGUGUGCUAAGCUAAUAAAUUCUGAAUGGAAAAGAAGUCACACAGCUAGGAUAUGGAGUCUGAAAAAUUCUUGUGACACUUUUCCCACGUCUUUAGUGAUGAUUUAUAACAAAUCAGAAGUAGUUGGUCACAGUAAACUGUCAGCGAUUCCGUCUAUUCCUGACGCCUGUUUUGUGGAGUCUGUGGUUAUCGCAAAGAAUCACAGAGGUAAAGGAUGGGGAAAGUAUCUUAUGCUUGCAACUGAAGAAUAUGCAAUCAGAUGUGGAGUCCAAGAGAUUUAUCUGUCGGCAAUAGACCCAGUGCCAGCAUUUUACGCCAAGCUAGGAUAUCUGCGAUGCGAGCCAGUCAGCAUUUACGGAGGUCCGACAGUAAGUAGCCCGCGUGCUUCCCCCACCACUGUCAACGGACCUUCGCCCCCGCCACCACCACUGCCUUGCUACAAACUCGACCGGAACUCACUCAACAAGGUCGCUAAAGUGUUCAUGAAGAAGAUUUUGUAUGAGGUUGACUUAUAAUGUGUUCUUAAGCCUAGGCAAGUUAUGCCUGAAAAUGAUUGAACUAGGCCUAAGUGAAUUUUAAAAGCUAACGGUUUAGAGGAAUGAAACAGCUGUUUUUUUUACUUGCUAACUGAUUUAAUCUUGUUUAAAUGUUGUGGUUUUGAAAACUAAGUUAACUGGUCUAGUUUAGUAGCUGCUAUUAAUCUUUUCUUUACUGCCUACCAAUUUUAUUUUGUACAAAUGUUUAAAGUUAACAAUUAAUUUGUUUAUUUAAUUAACAUGUAAGUUAAUAUUUUCAAAUAAAUAAGGGUGUAGC